UGCCACAACUCUUCCUCUCUUGGGCUAGCCUGAGCAGCAGAUGAACUUAUAAGAACCCUGCAGCUAUCCCUGCCACAGUGAGCACCAUGAGGGACGACGAAGUGGCUCUUCUGGCUACGGUCACUCUCCUGGGAGUUCUGCUGCAAGCCUACUUCUCCCUGCAGGUGAUCUCCGCCCGCAGGGCCUUCCACGUCCCGCCUCCGCUCACCACCGGCCCUCCCGAGUUCGAGCGGGUCUUCCGAGCUCAGGUGAACUGCAGCGAGUACUUUCCGAUGUUCCUCGCCGCACUCUGGGUCGCCGGCAUCUUCUUCCACCAAGGCGCCGCGGCCCUGUGCGGGCUAGUCUACCUGUUCUCGCGGCUCCGCUACUUCCAGGGAUACGCACGCUCGGCGCAGCUCAGGCUGGCCCCCCUGUACGUGAGCGCCCGUGCACUCUGGCUGCUGGUGGCGAUGGCAGCGCUGGGCCUGCUCGUUCACUUCCUUCCUGGCACGCUGCGCACCGCGCUCUUCAGACGGCUCCAGGCGCUCCUGUGGAUGGCCUGAGAUGAAGGACCUCUGGGUUGGUGGAGCUGGAGAAGAGCCUGGAGCACAAAGGAGGGGUGCCAGCCUCCACAUCCCAGUCUGUAAUAAAGUUCCCAUGACCG